ACAUAGCCUAAGAUGAGAGCAAACAGGCAAUAAAAACAAACAUAAAUUUAAAGCAGACUAAUAGAGUAAAAUAUUAAAAAUGAAAGUUUCAAGGAGCUUAUUGUAGGUUAUGUGGAGUUCUGAACAUCGUUGGCUGAAAACAAUAUUGUCGUAAUGUUUUAUUCUAACUAUGUCUGUGGAAACAAGUUUGACUAGGUUACAACAAAUAGACCAUCAAAGAGACAGAGAGAGGUAGAGAACAAGUGGGACGCUCGUAGCCUAUAUUUUGUCACCAUUAACACAUGGAAGUGUUUCUCUCAGUCAUCGCUCUGAAUGGCACUUCAAAACAAAAGACUGUUUAUUCAAGUAGUCGAGUCUUAUUUUUUAUUAGGCUCGGAUUUUAAUCCAAACUGCUCUUAGUCUUUAAUCUCCAUAUAAAAUGGGAUGAUUAAUUGUGGCUUGUUAUGACCUUGUUUCAUUUGCUGCCACUUCGGCAUGGAGACAGCGCUGUCGGUAUUCGCCAAACCUCCUUGCACCGUCUGGUCUCAACCGGUUAGGAAAGUGCGCGGUCUCGUGCGUUACUGCAGACUCCACGUACUGGUUCAAUGCAGUUCUGUGCGCGCGCACUCACCAAACGCUGCCUCCCAUUCCGUUUGGUGCUCCCUCAUUGGUCGGGAUAGCCACAGUUCUCCCACACCUUCCGCGUCCUGUUUGGACAACUAGGGAAGUUGACGAGUCGCUAUUGGUUUCUGCUUCUCUAAACCUAUUAUUUAGGGGCAGGCGCCAUUUACCGUGCACGGGCACGCCUAGAAGUGGAGUUGUAAACGAAGCGCGUGCACUUUUCAGCACCAGCACCUCGUGGAUAGCAGCCAAACGGAGCAGAGUUGUCUUUGUGAGCUAGCUCAGUCCAUUGUGACACACCGGAGACUUCUCGGUUUGCAGCGGUGUACGGCCGUUGCAGUCGCGGGAAAACUUCAUUGAUAGUUUUGAGUCGACACGAGGAAGACACUAAGAGGCACAGACUGAGCUUUGUUUGCCCCGGCAGCGGGCAAAUAGUGCCGACAACUGCACCACGGUUGAAAGGAAGAAGUUUCUUCGCGGAAACACUCCGUUAUUUUCGGCUCGCUUUUGAUUUUGCGCGGUCUGGUUUUAUCCAAAUGUGCCCGGAAACACUACAUGGCUGCAAAUGAAGAGGAUUAAAGAAGAUAAUUCAUCUUAGCCGGCUUUGUCCAGACAACGGGCUGAACCGCGGUCCUCUUUUUCAGCCACAUCACAGCCUGCUUCUGCCGCUAGCCGCUAAGGUCUCCAUUGUGUGAGCAUCUCUGUGCUAACCGCAUCACAGCCGACCCGACCCCCUGGUCUACUCGGUGUGACGAGCUGUCUGCCGCCUCAAACAACUCCCGGAUUUUUUUUUUUAAAUCAACUUCUUGAAUCCACCAACACAAAAUGUGUUCAAGAGUUUGGUUCGUGACCGACCGGCGUAUCAGCCAGGAGUAUCCUCAAGUCCAGAUCCUCCGCGCACUAAAGGAGCGCUGUGCCGACGAGGAUGUUGAAUUCCGCUCGCUUCUCAUGGAUCAAAUCGUGCUCACGAUCAGUGAGGGACAAUUAGGUCUGCGAGUUGAUCAGGAAUUGGUAACCUCUUACCCACAAGUGGUGGUAGUACGGGUUCCCACGCCCUGGGUGCAGUCAGACAGUGACAUCACUGUGCUUCGCCACCUUGAAAAGAUGGGCUGUCGGCUGAUCAACAGACCCCAGGCCAUACUCAACUGUGUCAACAAGUUCUGGACCUUCCAGGAGCUGGCUGGCCACGGCGUGCCUCUUCCUGACACUUUCUCUUACGGAGGACAUGACAACUUCCGUAAGAUGAUUGAUGAGGCGGAGCCGCUAGGCUACCCUGUGGUGGUGAAGAAUGCACGUGGCCACAGAGGCAAGGCUGUGUUCCUGGCCCGGGACAAACACCACCUGACAGACCUGUGCCACUUGAUCCGCCAUGACACCCCUUACCUGUUUCAGGAGUAUGUCAAAGAGUCACAUGGCCGGGAUGUGCGGGUUGUUCUGGUUGGUGGCCGCGUCAUAGGCUCAAUGCUACGCUGCUCCACUGAUGGCCGUAUGCAGAGCAACUGCUCUCUGGGUGGAGUAGGUAUGAUGUGCCCACUGAGCGAGCAGGGCAAGCAGCUUGCCAUAGAAGUGUCCAACAUCCUCGGCAUGGAUGUGUGUGGCAUUGACCUCCUGCAGCUCAAUGAUGGCUCAUUUGUGGUUUGCGAGGCGAAUGCCAAUGUAGGCUUCAUCGCCUUUGACCAGGCCUGUGGCAUGGAUGUGGCGGGCAUCGUCGCAGACUUUGCCCUCUCAAUGCUCCCCAGCCGCCUGACCCGUAAGAUGUCCCUGCUGUCCGUUGUGUCGAGCACCAGCGAGACCAGUAGCGAGCACGAGGUGUGUUCUGUGCCCAGUGGUGGAGGCUCCCUACCUGAGGCCGUCUGCAACAUGAGUGUGGGUUCUACUUCCAGCGAGAGUGACCCGGAGCUGGCCGAGCCCUCCCAGUCCUCGCCCCGCCAGUCCACAGCCCCAACCUUGCCUAAUCUCUCUGACCUUCCUGAUCCAGCCUACAACUUCAACACCCUCCUCGCCAACGAGAUCAAGUUAUUGACUGAAUGAUAUUAUGCAUCUUAAUUACACACAAAACACCACAGACACAACACAUAUACACACUCCCUGUACGCAUGAUAACAAACAUUCCUUUGAAAAACGCAUAUCAGUACAAACUUUUAAAUCAUAGGAAGUUAAAUGGAAAUCAAGAGCAGAGAAACACACAACCACAGAGGUAUAAACAUGAACAUUCCCCUACUUACUAAUUAGAAAUUAAAAGAUCUGAGGCUGCUCCCCUGAUUCUCCUCGCUUUGCAUGUCUUUUUUGAAAACUGCAAACCACACCAUCUAAACAUAGCUUACACUGCAGCAUGGUGCGAAGUGGUAGAAUACACUAAAUAAGAACACUGCCAAACAGCCUCGUUUUUAGGUGUGGGUGUGGGAUUCCCAUAAAGGCUAAAACCUGCCAUAUUUUUACCCUUUUAACAUGCAUAAAUAAUUUAAAAAACUAAUGCAUCCAAUAAAAAAGAGGUUUUCCUGCUGAGACUACAGCUACGUUUGGUGGUUGAUGAGAGGCAAGAUGAAGUGUUGUUGUUUUGUUUUUUCUAGAUAAAGUUGUUUGGAUUGGAAAACAAAACACCCUUGCGCCAAGCACACUACACUGUCAGUUCCAAUGUAGAAAUUAAGUGCACCUGUCAUGCCUGUCAUAUGUUGUGAUCUCAAUGAAACAGAUUGUGAAUUUGUUAUAUUUUUUAUUAAGUUACAACUUUACUAAUAAAAUGCACAUUGGCUUAUUUGAAGUAGCUAGAGCUGAUUUGAAGUAGCUAGAGCUUAUUCACUGACAGUGAAAAGAGAAUGAUGUUGUGGUGCCAUUUUAAUUUUUUAAUUUUUGUGCGUUAAAGGCUUUAUAUGCUAUUUUUUGAUCCAGCAGAUGUCGCCCUUGAGCACCAGCAUGAAACCAAAACAACUUGCGGUGCAUUGUUGUGUUAGCAUGCUAAUGCUACCGAUCUUUAUUAUGCUCGUAUCUUUACACUGCAAGUAAAUUUACCCGGAAUGAGCGUGAUCUAGAAACACAGUGAAGCAGUGAGUACAGUAUGUUAUUCUUCUUUUCUCUAGUCCCUCAAUUAAACAACUUUUAUACACAAGGGGAGGAGUCAGCCGCCGUCCGGGCGAUGUAAACAAACUGAAAAUAUAACUUGGAAAACAUCACAGACAGUGGGACUCGGGUGUUACACCCAUUGUAGACAGUCUUUACUCAGAGUUAUUUUCAGAGAAUAUACUUGAUUUCUAUUAUAUUUAAGUAUGAAAAAUCGCAUAUAAAGCCUUUAAUAAGAAUAUAAGAAAAAAACAAAUUCCAGCACCAUAACACCUGAAUAUCAUCCUGGAUGCUAACACUGGUCGUAAACUGAUUUGUUGUACACUGUUAAUGAAGCAGGCUAAUGUUAAAUUACGUAAAACUGCCCUUACAUGAGCAAAAAAGUAGAAAUAACAAAUAGCUAUUAUUUUCUUUCAGUCACAACUUGAAAUAUAAACUGUUUGAGUGCCAUUAUUUGAUUUUAUUUCUUUACAUUCUUAUAUAGGUUGUCUGACUAGCCUUACCAGCAGCAGCAGUCUGCUGCUUUUUAAAGAUUCACUCAAUGUCUAGCACUUUAUGAUUAACAGAUGCAUUUUGUUUCUCGCUCAGAUUACAUUUAGGAAACUUGAGACAGAGUGUGAAAGCUGCGUCUACACUUGCGAACAAAAUAUACCUCAGAACAGUGACUUCUCACUGCCAUAUAGUGGAGCGGCUAAGUGCUUAUUUUUGUCAGAAUCUUUCAGAUACUUGAAAUUUCAAGAUGGCCACCACCUUAGUGAAGCAGUUAGGCUUAAGAAAUCAUUUAGUUGGUGAUACAAGCAAAAAAAUUGGUAUGAGCAGUCUCUAAGGGUUGCUUGACAAGAAAACACUCCCAGCCACAAUUUAUAUUUUCAAGAAAGAUACAUUUUCUCAUCGAAAUGUAUUGGGUUUUUUCAUUAAGGAUGAUUUGGUGUCAUUUUAUUUUAUAUGUUUUAGAUCAUGCUGAAGAACAACUUUUAACGCAUCAAAAUACAGUUGUGUUGAUUUGUUGAUCAUAGAUAGAUUAGACAAGAGUGAAUAUCUGCACUACCAGGGCACACUGGUGAUAUAUCACUGCUGUUAACCUCAGAGUGGGGUUCAAUGUCAGCUAAUUGAAAGUUAGUAUCCCAAAUGCUGUCUAAUUGACCCCAAAACAGUUAGAUAGCCGCACCUGAAUUGACAGGUUGUGCCAGCGCGGGAGAGCCGAGCCAAGGUUAAUGGGGUUUUAGUUAACCGGAUGGUGUACAGAUCGCACGGGACAUAAAUGGCAUUGGAUGAACGAUCGGACUAAGUGUAGGGUUAAGGCAUGAACUUAGUUGUAUCCCAUACAUCAAAGUGCUUGGUAAAAGGUGGUAAACGGAUAAACCCUCGGCCUCUGCCUAUGCAUUUGCUGCAGACAUGCAGAAGCCAUCAUAACAGUUGAGAAAACUAACUGGGACAGAUGUUUAAUUUGUCAGCAGGACACCAAGGAAAAACUCAUUCAGCCGAGUUUAUUCAACAGAGAGCACGAGUCUUCUGGACUCCACUUCCACCUAUUGCGGAGAGUUGUUGGGAGUUGACCAAAUAUGGGUGCACCAAGGCAUGUACUGGAAGGUGUAAGUGCAUCAGAUAUGGACUCAGUUGCACAUGCCUAUGUAGUUGCCCCUGCUAAAACCUAUUUGCAUGUUUCUUUUGCCAGAGUUAUUCCCCGUUGUUCUGUGUUUUCAGGUGUAGGCCUAUGGCUCGGCUUCCCCUCACCACAUAGGCGCAUCAUGUUUUAUUUUGACACCAGCCUAUUACUGUGAAAAUUGCUUCCACUGCCUAUAUCUAACAGUGAAGCACAUUUUCAGUUUAGUUCCUUAGUAUUGUUUGAGAUACUUUCUGUUUGUCAUGGUUCCGUGGAUGUGUCAGCCAGAGCUGCUGUUGCCUCUGGAGCUGUACUUAUUGUCAUUCAGUGUUAGCCAUUGCUCAAUGAUUAUUUUGGAGCACUGUCCGUUCAGCACCACAACUGUGCUAAUUUAUUAAUCUUAUUUUUUGUUUUCCCACCCCUUAGUAUUUAUUUGACAAAUUGAAUGGCUGUUAGUUUAAAAAAAAAAAAAAAAACCUCCCUUGUGACUGUUACCUGGAAAGGGGGGGUGGGUACCGUAGUGAACCCUGAGAUUUUCAUGCUUGUAUCACCAAAUAAACCAUUAUAUCACUUAACUGCUCCACCAAGGUGUCGGCCAUCUUGAAAAAUGGCCGCCAUCAUGAAAUUUCAAAUGUCUCGGACAAUUUUCUUGUCAAGUGACCCAUGGAGACUGCUCAUGCCAAUUUUCACGCUUGUAUCACAAAUUGAAAGAUUAUAGCACUUAUCUGCUCCACUAAUAGGAUAGCUUAAGAUAUUCAAAAGUACAAAACAUAUCAGCCAGAAUCCGUUGUUGUUCCCCAAUGGCCCAUGUUGUACCAGGUGUUCCUUCCCUUUAUGUCCUAAGAUUUAAAAGGGUAGUUGUGUGUAAUUUUUUAUUUUUUUUUACUUUUUCUUUUGUAAAUAUUUAGGUAGCAGAUGAGCUCCAGUGAAUGCUAGUGUCCAGAUGCUUAAACUGGACUGGCUGAAAUAACUACCAACAUAGAAAUUUUACAAAGUUAUUGAUGACAAACUUGUUUGUACAGAGCUGCAACAUUGAAGGGUUGUAUCUGCAAUUUGGUGCUAAUAUUUCAGGAUUUGUUUAGGAAUUUUAGAUUUUACUCUUUAUUGUUUUAACCUAGUUUUUGAUAAUAAAAAAACGAGUAUCUUAACCCACAAAAACAUGUUGGCAUGAUGUUCAAAUAAAAAAUGAAAACUCUAUUUUUGCAGUCUCUUUGGAUAGAAUGUUACUUUUCUUUCCUUUGAAAAGAAAGGAAAAAAAUAUCCAGGGAUUUAAAUGGCCAAGAGCUUUUCGCUUAUGGGUUUCCUGUUUAUUACCUCGUACACCUUUCCAUAAAACUAUUAACACAAAGGAAUGGUACACUGGGAUACAUUAUUUCACUUGGAAUAAUUAACAGCUUUGAACAAAAGCAAACCCUAAAAUGUUGUCAUGUUGUGACAUCCAUGUAUGUAGGCUCGUAACUCCUCUGUUAAAAGCAUCUCAGGGAAGCAGCCUGGAUCUCACCCCUGACCCCAAAAGACACUACAUAUCCAACCAAACUAGACCUGUUAAAAUAAACCACCCAUAUCCAUAUAGGUAGACAAAAAGACACACAAACAACAAUGAAAAAAAGGUUGUCAACUACAGUAUGAGGCUAUUUGGUGUAUACCAUGGUUCACAUGCACUUUUUUUCCUUGCUUGUUUUAUAUUGUUCCUUGUUUUAUUCCUAAUUUAUGGUAUUUAAAAAAAAAAAGUGGGUUGAGUGCACUAAUAUUGUCUCAAUAAACUGAAACCGCUGUGAAGCUUGAUUUUAUUUCCCUUUCUUGAGGGCCAGGUUUACUGGAAUCUAACAGUGAUCACAGUGGUUCCACCAAGAAAAUAACACCAUUGACACCUUUGUGAAGUUGUCUGGUAUCUUAAUAAUGAAAGUAUCCGACGAACAAACUGUGAAAUCUGCUGAUGUCCUCUUUCCUGACAUGUAAAGGCCGGUGGGCUUGAUCAAGUCAAAUCCCAACAUGCUCCAGUUGUUGUUGUCCCCAAUGUUUUUAAGUCUUUGUCUUUGUAUUGAAGCUUGUGUUAUUCACCAUUUUGUACAUCAGUGUAAAUCAAAGCUCACAUAUCCUUACAUACAUUAAAUAAGCCAGCCAUAGAAAAGAGGGAGGUGCUCAUUCUGUUUUACAGACCCUGUUAUUUCAAUCUGUCUAUAAUGAAUCACUCAUACAAAGCACAUUUAGCCAUUGCAUGGUCAUUUCAAUGUGCCCUAACAACUGAAAAUGCCUUUUCAUUGUCUGGUUUCCUUUGGGAGCAGUAAUAUAAAGAUCACUAUCAAGCUCCCAGGUCAGGUGGUGUUCCUUUGCUUGGUCUUUAUUAAUCAGUGGCCAUGAUAAAGUAGAUAUCAGGCAUUGAAGCUACUGAAAGAAAUGGGUACCACAUACUUAGGGAAAGACAAAUGUGUUGAAACAGGAAAUGCUCAAAUGUGUAUCGGCCUAUGUAAUGCAUAGGAAGCCUAGAACAAACUGUAGGGACCUCUGGACUAGCCACUGUGUGCAAACACAACAGCACAAUGUUAAUAUUUAAAUCCAAACUGCUGCUAAUGUAUAUUUGGCUCAAAAAAUAUAAAGGGAAUAUGAGGAAAUCCAAUGUUUGUGUUUUACUGCCUCUCAACACUUUAAAAUGAAUCUGAAAGCCAAAAACAAACAUUUUGUUGUAUAGUUCCAUUCUAAUAACACUAGUUGUGAGAAGUUUCUAAAAGUGAUUCUUUGUUUUUGAUAUAAUGAAUAAAUGUUUAAUAAUUGUAUAUAAAACGUAGGAUUUCACAGCAAUUUUCAGGUUCGUUUUAUGUCUUGUGUUUCAAAGCAAACCUGAGGUUUGUGUAAAGGUUUACAAUAUUCUUUGAUUUUCAGAGGAAAAUGCAGUGUUUAUGCUUCAGGAGAAACAAAUGCAGCCCCCGGUUAUGACAGAAACAUUUCAAACUUUUCAUUCUAUCUCCAUAUCAAACUGAAUUAAAAGGAGGUUCAGGACUGAAGGUUAUAAGAUAAGCAAAAACAUUGCUUAAAAGGUUGGUUAAGAAAUGCUUUUUCCAUCAUUCUGUUCUGUAUCAUUCUGACAGUGUUACAAACUGGAUCCCAAAAUAAUGUCACUCAAACGUGCAAAAAGAUGUAAAUAUAUAUCCCUCUUUUUUUUAGAUGAAAAUAAAGAUGAGUCAUUAUUCA